AUGAUACUCGAAGAACGCGUUCAGCAGUGGAUUUUAUGGGACAAAGAUCCCCAACAGCGAGGUGUUAUUGAGAAACUUUGGCAGGAGGGGAAUACAGACGAGUUACAGCGUCUUCUUGGAACUCGUAUGGAGUUUGGGACCGCUGGCCUUCGGGCGAAGGUAGGCGCUGGGACAAGUCAGAUGAACUCUCUGACGGUCAUACAAACCGCACAAGGAUUGAGUGCAUACCUAAAGUCCACCUUUACAGAAGAUGAACUUUCAUCAAAGGGGGUGGUGAUUGGAUUUGAUGGUCGCCAUGGCAGUAAACGUUUUGCGGAGUUGUCUUCUAACGUUUUUAUUAACGCCGGCAUCCGCACGCGACUUUUUGGUCAAGUCGUGCCUACACCUUUUGUUCCUUUUUCCAUUCGCCUAUUUGGUUGUGUGGCUGGGGUGAUGGUCACCGCGAGCCACAACCCCAAGGAAGACAAUGGAUACAAGGUCUACUGGAGUAACGGUGCACAAAUCAUCCCACCUCAUGACCAAAAUAUUUCACGAGCCAUUUUGGACAAUUUGGAGCCUCUGGAUUCUUCCUGGGAGACUACAGCAGGCGCCAGUGAUCCGUUUCAAGAGGUUUGGAGCCAGUACUUUGCCACUCUUAAAUCCGAAUACAAGCCACUGACCACAGGCUAUCCUGUUAAGUUUACCUAUACGGCAUUGCAUGGCGUGGGGUGCCCGUUUGCUGUGAAGGCGCUGGAAACCCUAGGAGUCCCGCAGCACUGCGUCAGUCUUGUAAAGGAACAAGCUGAACCUGAUCCUGAAUUUCCCACCGUUAAAUUUCCAAAUCCAGAAGAGGGUGCAGGAACUCUCAAGCUUGCCAUGGAGACAGCAUCAGCGUCUGGCUCAAAGUAUAUCUUGGCUAAUGACCCCGACGCAGAUCGACUUGCAGUUGCGGAAAAGCAAGACGACGGGAGUUGGCGUGUGUUUACUGGGAAUGAGGUUGGGGCUUUGCUUGGUUGGUGGGUCGUUUUCCGCGCCCAUCGCUUCGGAGAAUCGUUACAAAACUGCCACUUUGUGUCUAGUAUUGUCAGCUCAAAGAUUCUGUGUUCCAUUGCCGCAAAGGAGGGUUUGUAUCAUGCCGAUACGCUUACGGGAUUUAAGUGGAUGGGAAGUUUGUCGGAGUCUCUCCAGCGGGAAUCCUCGGCACGUGUCCUCUUGGCGUUUGAGGAGGCAAUUGGAUACAUGUGGGGAACCCGCGUCUUUGACAAGGAUGGCGUCACCACUGCCGCUGUGGUGGCCGACAUGGCUUCCUUCGUUGAGGAGGUGGAGAAGAAGAGCCUUUCAGAAAAGCUUUUUGAGAUCUUUAAGCAAUACGGAUUUCAUUUUACAUGCAACUCGUACGUUGUUGCUCGGGAUCCUACGCGUAUUCGGGAAAUGUUCAAGGCGAUGGCAACGAUGCAGGAUGGAGCCUACCCAGACAAGGUUGCUGGAGCUCGUGUACUGCACAUCCGUGACUUGGCUACAGGUAUAGACACCCGGAUGCCCGACAAGCGUGCAACACUUCCCGUCUCGGCCUCGAGCCCAAUCGUGACUUUCUACUUUGAUAACGGGGUCACCAUGACUAUUCGUGGCAGUGGCACGGAGCCCAAGCUGAAGUGGUAUGCUGAGCUUAUCACAGAGGACUCCUCACGCAAAGAGGAAUUGGCUGGUUUCGUCGACAGGGUCGUUGAAGAACUCGUGCGGCCGUCAUACUACAAGUUUGAGACACGAUCUUGUUAG